AUGAAUUUCUUCUUGGCAUCUUUAUCUAUCUUCAUGGAAAUAGCUUUGGCUGCUAUUGUUGAUGAUUUCUCCUGUACCGUUAAUGGUGUCUACACCUCCUCCGCAUCACUGGAGGGCUCAUCAUGCUCGACUAUAUCUCUUAAUCACCUGACAUACUUCCGUGGCUGCAAAUCUCUUAUUUGGGCUGCUUAUUGCAUAUUCUUCGGAGGGAUUUGGUGGAUUGGAGCAUAUAGUCUAAUGGAAAUGGAUGACGUUGCAGAAAAAUAUUUUGAAGAAGAAAUGUUCAUUCGAUAUAGUGUUUCAGUCAAAGAAAUUCCAGUGAAAGCCUUUUUAGCUUACGACCCAGAAGAUGGUUCGAUUAGGUGGAAGAAUGUUUCGUAUUCAAUUUUGAUGAACUCAAUAUUGACCUUUCAAUACGGAGUAAUGAUUUAUUGUGGAUGGAAUAUGCACUCAAAAAUGGAAGAGAAAAUUGCUAACUUUUCUGUUGCACUGAAGCAUCAUAACAGACAACUAUUCAAAACUUUAGUGUUCCAGAUCAGCACUCCCACAAUCUUCUUAUUUUCUCCUUUGAUUCUCAUUAUCUAUCUCCCAUUUUUUCAAAUCGAAUUUAGUCUUCCUGCCGGCGCGAUAAUGAGUUUAUUCAAUAUAUAUCCAGCAAUGGACUCAAUUAUUAUAUUAAUUAUUGUUAGAGAGUAUAGAAUUGCUGCGAGAAAAAUGUUGAACAUUGUGAUAAAAAAAUCAGCAGGGUUAUGCGCAAAGACUAGCAGCACCUCUCAAACUACAGGACAAAUUGAGUUGCCCACGAUCAGGACUAUUUUGUGA